AUGCAACACUCCUUUAAAUGUGAAAAUGCUUGGUGUUCUAAAAAUGUUUGUCUUACAGGCAGAAUAGUUCAGGAGGAAUUUCUUACAAGUGGGGUAAAAUAUGAAAGUGAGGGUUUAUGGGGAAGUUCAUGUAUUUUCGAAAGUAUAGAUCAUGAGCUUCCUCAAAAAAAAUAUGCCUGCCCACAAAAGGAUAAUUUUGAAGAUUUCAUUCGUAAAAACAAAAUUCCAAAAAAAACCUGCUGUCAAAGAUUUUUUGGUCCUAUAAAAAGGAUCAAUUCUAAGGUGGAUGAUUUUCUACUUCGAAAAAUGUUGCCCGAGAUUGAAGACCCUGCUAAAAUACCUACAACCUGCUGUGGCGGAUUCGCUCAAUUUUUGUCAGACAACAAAUAUCUUGUUCUACUUAUAAUGUUUGUAGUAGGUGCAAAUCUUCUUAAAUUUAUUGGUACAUGCACCCUCAUUCAUACUAUAGGUUUUCCGUUGCUAAUAUCAGUGCCUAUUAUAACAUGA